GACCCUCCCACACCCCCGCGCCGGCCCACUGACCGAAUAGAGAGGCCAAGGCCGGAAUGACAUAGUUUAUUUUUGGUUGGUCAUCUAUUCAAGGAGAGAUGACGAAUCUAUGUUGAAGGUAGGAGGGAGUUCGAGGGUAUGAAAAGAGCGUCGGGCGUCUUGAUCGAUGAAAUUUGGACCAGCACCAACGGUCGAAAAAAAAAAUAUCGGUUGAUGGUUGAUCGCUUCUCAAAAUUGCACUAAAGCCUGUCGUUACCUUGUCAAAAGAUCUUCCAUUCUCCGCAAAAUAAACUACAUUGCACUAUAUCGUACCAAAGAUGCACGCUUUACAGAGCCUCAUUCUGCUGGGCCUCCCCAUGGCCAUAGUUGGGUCCCCAACUGAGCGACGGGCACCAACAUCACCCUUCGGACUCUACGCUUAUGGUGAUGGCAUCGGAGGCUCCCCUGUGUUUACGACUGGCGACGGCGCUUUCAUCGGCAAGGCUUCUGAAGUCGGCAACACUGAAGCCGCCCCUGUGGAGUUCGAACUUAGCUCGGACAACUCCUUGGUUGGCAAUCCGAAUACCACCACCGGUGAUAGUGCACCAACAUGGUCAAACCUCACGUUCAACGUCCCCGAUUCGACAUCUUCUGGCCACCAAGUCGGAUUUACCAACUCCACGUCUGACGGUGAUAGAUCGGUAACGAACUUUGUCUUUUACGGACAGUUCCUAUUGUACAAGAACACCGAUGGAUCCCUCAAGUCGUUGUGGUAUGCUGUUCCCUCCGACGAAGAUGGUGUCUGGACCCUUAACUGGAACUCGACUGGGGAUGAGAGCGACGGACAGGUGAUUGUUUCUCUGAGGGCUAUUCCGCCUUCCAAAGAUGUGGAUCAAAAGUAGUGGCCGAUUCGUGCAUUGGCAAGUCAUUCGUUAAGUCGUGUUGAAGGUGUUUCUAGAGCCUUAGGUACCUCAUGGGUCAAAUGUUUUCUACUUUCUAUCCUUCACCAUGGGAUACGCGCACACCGGGGUAUCCAUUUUCACACUGAAUUUCCGUUAUUCUUCAGUAGAUAGUUCCACUUAGCUUGUCCUUUUUAACGGAGUAAUCUAAGAUAUAGUGGCUUUGAGAUGUUAGCAAUUUUAUUAUUGUCGUGGGAAUCUGUUUGAUAGCUAUCUCUCUACAAUUAAAGUAAUGAGGUA